GAAAAACGUGGCUCUUGUUACUGUCCACCCCAAACUCAUUCGUCCGUGUCAUGUGAUUCGAAGCGAAACUUUGCAGCAAAACAAGAAGACACAUCGAAAUCAUCAACCAAGUUGCACCUUCAUUUCUAGACGAGAUGAAGAUAGAAAAGCCGUCGUAUUUGACUCUGGCCGUCCUCACGGCCAUCAUUUUGCUGGUCCAUCCUUACAUCGCAGAGACUAACAACAAUCUACCAAGUUCUGGUCAUCUUCUUGAAAACACUCAAUCAGAAUCCACCUGGAUAGAUAACCGAAUCAACGCGGCUGCCAACAACACCUCGACGAUCAAAGAAAACGAAACAUCACACGCAACUUUCCCAAAUGUCCAAGAAAAAGAAGGUAAAACAGAAAGUACCGUUGUGACGUUUACAGACGCAACUGUCGCUGGACGGCAUGGCAGAAAUUAUGACUAUCAUCCCAGUCCGGUACACAUCGAUUUCAGUCCGAUCUUUUUGGCUAUCGUUCCAAUCGCGUUGUUCCUGGGCGCGGCUGCAGCUUUCGCACUGGCCACAGCUUCUUCAUCCAGUUCAUCGGCUGCGGCGGCCGCCCAGCAACAACAGCAACAGCAAGAGGCGGCUAAUAACAACAACAAUGCUAACAAUGCCAACAAUAAUAACAACAACGCUAUUUUGGCUGCACUGAUUGCCGCCAUCGUCCAGAAAGGCAGCCAUUCAUCGAAGGGACACAAGACCAUCAUCUACGCGUACAACGUGACUAAAGUUCACGAUCACGACUGGCGUCGAUCGUACGGCGAUUCAUUUAAAUUCUCCUUGCCGCGAAUCAAACCGAUGAGCCCUUUGCAUCGCAUGCGCAAAUAUUCCAAAGUCGAACCUUAAAAGAACAUCACUUUUUUCUGUACAUUUAAACGUAUUUUUUCCCCCUGUCCAAUUUUGGUUGGUAG